AUGUCGAAGGGAGACGCCAAGGCCAAGAAGGCCAUCUAUUUCGAGAAGCUCCACAGCCUGCUCGUCAACUACCCGAAGAUCUUCAUCGUGGAGGCGGACAAUGUCGGCUCUCAGCAGAUGCACCUGACCCGUCAGUCCCUCCGUGGUGAGGCUGAGAUUCUCAUGGGUAAGAACACCAUGGUCCGCAAGAUCAUCCGUGAGGCUGUCGACAACAACCCCGACCUGGAGCGCCUGCUGCCGCACAUCAACGGCAACAUCGGCUUCGUCUUCACCAAGGGCGACCUGAAGGACGUCCGUGCCAAGAUCAUGGCCCAGCGUGUUGCUGCCCCCGCCCGUGCCGGUGCCAUCGCCCAGCAGGACAUUUGCCUCGAGCCGCACAACACCGGCCAGGGUCCCGAGAAGACCUCUUUCUUCCAGGCCCUGCGCAUCAACACCAAGAUUACUCGUGGUACCAUUGAGAUUCUGAACAAGGUCACCCUUAUCGCUGAGGGCGAGAAGGUCGGCCCCUCUGAGGCUGCUCUCCUCAACAUGCUUGGCAUGUCCCCCUUCACCUACGGUCUGACCGUGCGCACCAUCUACGACUCCGGUGCCAUGUUCUCCCCGGAGAUCCUCGACAUCGACGAGGACGUCCUCCUCGGCCACAUCCGUGCCGGUAUCGCCAACGUCGCUGCCGUUUCUCUGGCCGUCGGUGUGCCCACCAAGGCCUCCGUCACCCACUCCAUGGUCAACGGUUUCAAGAACCUGCUCGGUGUUGCCGCCGCCACCGACCUGUCCUUCCCCGCCGCCGAGAAGAUCAAGGAGUACCUUGCCGACCCGUCCAAGUUCGCCGUCGCCGCCGCCCCCGUUGCCGCUGCCGCUGCCCCCGCCGCCGCUGCCGCCGCCCCGGUCGAGGAGUCCGACGAGUCCGACGACGAUAUGGGCUUCGGUCUCUUCGACUAAGCGCGCAUCCUCCGCCCUCGGGCCGUGUGUGUCGCGGCUUCGCGCCUUGCCGCCGCUCCUCUCCUCCGUCUCGCCUCCUCCACCUCCCUCCUGCCGCGUGCCCUGCUAUUUUGCUGGGCCGCGCAUGUGUGCGUGUGUGGUGUGCCGGCGAUCGCGGGGGGGCCGGAGCGAGGGAUGGCCAAUGUCGUCGCCCGGCGGCCCGUGUGGGUGCCCUUACACGCGCGCGCCCGCCUGAUGAUGGCGUGUGUGCUGUGCGUGGUCGAUCGAGAAAGAAUCACAAAGCGGCGCCCGGGGUUCUGCUGCUGCUGCGUCUGUGUGCCCCCCCCCCUCCUUCGGAAGGGGCAGGGGCCCGGUGCCGCUGCCGUUGUCCUCCUGUGCACGCUGGCCUUCUGAGUCACUUGCGACACAUCAAUACAGUUCCCGGAUUGUAGCCGUAAUUUGCCUUGUCUCUGUCGCCCCCCUCCUCCUCUCGCGCGCGCGCCGCGCCGCCGCUCUUUCCCCUGUGGGGCAACAAGCUGGCAGCGGGGCGGGUCUUUCCCCUUGUGUGUGUGUGUGUGUGCGCGGAGGGAGGCAGGGUUUGCGCACAUGUGUGUUGGCACACGCCUCGGCGGCGAC